AUGACGAAGCUUUCGGAAUAUUUCUUGAUUUGUUCAAUGAUUUUUGUCGUAUUUAUGCUUCAAAGAGGAACAUGUGAUGAUGUUGUAACAGAAGAACAAAUUUCGUACGCUAAAGGCUCUGUUUGUGGAUAUUGCUCUUAUUGCAAGUUUUGCAAGCUAUGUGAUAAAGAUUGUCCAUGUGAAACUAGUCCUAGUAAACCCAACUGUAAAAUGUGCAAGUAUUGUAAAUAUUGUUAUAUAUGUUCUGGUGUAUGUGAUACCAUUUGUCAACCAGGUGGUAUGAUAGAUAAAAUAUCAGCUGCUAUUGUAAAUGCUCUACCAAGUUUUAAUAAAGAAGAAAUUGAAGAUGAUUUAGAAAGUGUUAAACCUUGGUUAGAUAAAAAGGAUGAAUUAUGA